AGCUCCAAAAGCUUCUCCUCCCAGUAUUCCCGGAGGUGUUUUCCCGCUGAGCAGCAGUGAGCAAAGAAAGACCUUCCUUUCAUUCAUAACCCGUACUCUAGACUCUUCGCAGUGCUCGACUUGUCCUGUUCACUUUCCUUUAUCUCUCCAAUGCCGCUACCAAGAUCAGCCGCCCUCCGAGGCACCCUUCGGUCUUUUACCUUUAGACGUGCAGGAACCCAAGCUAGAACCAGUCUCCGUGGAGUUGGCCGGAGGACGUACGCCACUGAACAUGGCGCACAAAAGAGCAGCGACAUUCCCUGGCUAGUUGGUUCCCUCGUCGUUACUAUCCCAGCCGCGGGUUGGUUAUUGCAGCAAGGACCUCAAAAAUCUGAUCACGGCCACGGAUCCCAUGCCACAGAGAAGCACGAAGAAGCCUCCGAAGAACCAAAGGAAGAAGAACAAUCAAAAGAAGACACAGAAAGCACGGAGGAAGCAGGGAAGGAGGAGAGCCAGGAUGAAGGCAAGGAAGAGUCCACAAGUGAGGGCGGAGAGGAGGAACCAACCUCCAAGGGCACCGCGCUACCAGAAGACAAGUCUAAACAGUCCGAAGAAAAAGGCGCCAAAGACGCCCAAGGUGAUGUUUCUGGGGCAAACAAUCCCUUCAUGGGUGAUGAGGAGAGAAGCAAGAAACCUGAGGGUAUGGAAGAGACGGCUAAGAUUCACGGUACUGUGGACACCUCGGAGCGGUCCAGUAAAGGCCACCACGAGGCUGGUCAGAAGGACGACUGAUGCUUGGGGCGACCUAACUAAUGGGAUUAAGUCGAAGAGACUAUGCUUGCAUUCAUGGUUGGUGCUGGCAGGUGUGGCACUGUUGGGCAAUUUCCAAAGCCAUGGUGGUAAUUACUGUGUAGAAAAAGCAUUCUGGGACCGAGACCAAUUCACACGCUCCUCCAGCGACAAGAACCGUCUAUGCAUCAAUAUCCACCGUUAAUGCCCGGCCUGCGGUGCUGUAGAUGUGAGAGUGAUACGCAGGAUACGGCUGAUACGAGGAUCUCGGGGUUUUAAAUUUUAACAGGAGAUUGCUUGUUGGGUCCAUUGACCCUCCAUACAA